UUUGUCUGUUUUCUGUGUUGUCAAGCCGCCAAACCCACCUCCACUCUAAAAAGAGUUCCACUCACCUGCCGGAAGUUUGGUAGAUAACACUUCCUUUUUCAGCCAUCGAAAGCAGAACAAACACAGCAUAAUGCCAACUGAAGCAGUAGAGAAACCUGUAGAAGACACCAAGCCUGAAGAUGCUUCAGGAUCUGGGACAGAGUCAGACAGUGACGACGAUGUCCCUGAACUGGAGGACGGUGACCUUCAGCAACAGAGCCAGGUAGCUGCUGCUGCAGGUAUCCCCGAGGAACUCGUUAGUAAAGCUAAGCAGAGCCGUAGUGAAAAGAAGGCCAGGAAAGCCAUGUCUAAGCUUGGUCUGAAACAAAUUCAAGGUGUAACACGAGUAACAAUCAGGAAAUCCAAAAACAUUUUAUUUGUGAUCAAUCGUCCUGAUGUCUACAAAAGUCCUGCUUCAGACACAUACAUCGUGUUUGGUGAGGCCAAGAUCGAAGAUCUGAGUCAACAAGCCCAGAUGGCAGCUGCUGAGAAAUUCAAGACCCCCGAGAACCCCGCUGGUUUGGGAGGAGAAGUCUCCAGCACCGUGUCCCAACCCAUCCCAGAGGAAUCAGAGGAUGAGGGAGAGGUGGAUGAGACAGGAGUUGAGAGCAAAGACAUUGAACUGGUCAUGUCACAGGCAAACGUGUCCCGGUCAAAGGCCGUCAAAGCACUUCGGAACAAUAGUAACGACAUUGUCAAUGCUAUUAUGGAGCUGACCAUGUAGCAGCAGUUUCCUCCCCUGUUUUGUCCUUCCAUGUUUUAUAUGUAUUUCUCAGAUAUUAAAAACUUUAAAAAUAA